GGAGAACGCAUCAGCCAGCAACCAGCGAUCAUCCGGCAGAUCGAGGAGCCGACACACACGCAAUCGAGACCCAUCCGGCGCACGUCCUGACUGGCAUUCGAUCGACUCCCCGCCCCUCGCUAGCACCCGGCCAUGAAAAAGUCACAGAAGAAGAUCAAAGCCUCGGCAGAGCCUGCUGCCGAGGAGCCGCAACAGACCGCCGCGGCUGAAACUGCCGUCGCCGAGCCGGCCGCACUCGAAAAGUCUCCAGCGCCAGCAACCGAAGCUGCGGAUUCAUCGGCCGCAGAGGCAGCCCCCACAAAGAAGAGCAAGAAGACCUCGGCAAAGGCUGCGGCUGGAUCGGAGACCAUCAACCUGGGUGCUCAGAUCAAGGCCCGGAUGAGCCAGGAAAAGGAGGCCAAGCGUAAGGCCCGUGCGGAGAAGCAGGCUGCUGGCGCAAAGGCCAAAGAGGACGAUGCCGAUGCUGAGGAAGCACCCAGCGCCGAGCAGGAGGACAACCCAAGCCCAGACGGUGACGGAGAGGGCGACGAGGCCGAUUCCGACAAGCCCAAGUCCAAGAAACAGCGGCAGCGUGAGGCUUACAACGCCAAGCGGGCCAAGAAGCUGGCCAAGGAUAUGAGGCACCUGGAGGCUGAUCUGCCCAGCAGCAUCGCCCAGGCGUCUGCAUACCUGACGGGCUUCUGCAAGGACCGCAGCAACUGGAAGUUCAACAAAAUGACCCAAACAUGGAUUCUGCGCUACAUCCUGGAUGCGGACAAGAUCAGCGACGCCGACUUUGAACUGGCUCUUGAGUAUCUGGAGGGGCUCUCGGGCCUCAGCCGCCAGCUAACCAUCGACCAAGCCAGCAAAGUGGGCGAAGACUCGGUCCAGCACGAUCGUGCCAAGAAGAUCCUCGAUCUGUUGAAGAGCUCAGGAGACCCCAACUUUUCCAAGGACAGCGUCAAGCGCAAGACCAGCAGCGCGGCAGCCGAGCCCGGGUCUGAGCCCGACCGUCCCAAGAAGAAGAGCAAGUCCGCCAAGACCGCGGAGAGUGCCGAUGUAGAAAUGACCGAUGCCGUCGGCGGAGCAGAGAGCAGCAAGCCCAAGAAGGCUUCCAAGAAGGCCAAGACCGACAAGAGUGCCGAUGCGGCUGUUGCUGGCAAGGAGGAGACCGAUGAAAAGGAGCCCGCCAAAGAAGCCAAGAAGAGCGGGAGCAAGCCCGAGAAGGCCCAGAAGGAAGUGAGCAAAGUGACUGCUGAUGACGCCGGCGACAGCAAGUCUACCGCCACCAAGGCCAAGACCAAGGCGGACAAGAAGGAGAGCGGCAAGAAGGACGUCGCUCAAGCGGCCAAGGAAGACGAUGAAAAGCCCAAGAAGGAGAGCAAAAAGUCUGGCGAGAAGGGCAAAAAGGCCAAAGCCAAGGGCUCAGAGUCGUCGUAGUUCUGCAUUCAACGGUUGCUUCCUUCUGUCCUCUGAAUACAUAUUCAUCGAUGCUGUCUGGCUCCCCCAAGCUCGUUCAGCGACUCCAC